AUGCGUGGUCCAGCUCCUCCUCCGCCGUCAGAAGAAACGGCUGAUCUCCUUGUCUCCUUCGAUCUUGUGACUGAAGUGUUCAAGUUUGUGAAAUUGCCUGAUGAUCUGUUGACUGACUUUGAUGGUCAACCAGGUGAUAGGCUGGUGACCUUUAACAACCAAUUAGCAAUUGCUCAAGAUGAUGGUGACAGUAAUCUCCUUACUCUCUGGCUUUUGGAUGAUAAAUGUUCAUGGUUCAAACGUGAGAUCAUAAUUCCCUGGACCUGUUCCUCACCCAGUGCGAGAAUUAGACACAAAUUUAUAGGUACAGGUGCUACUAACGAGCUCAUCUAUGCGCCUUACUCAACUUACAACUUCCGAUCUCAGUUCCAUUUCGAGAAUCAGUACGUUAUUUACUACGACUGCAUUCGUGAGACCAAGACAAAUGUAAGUAUCCGGGAUGAUUUUGCUGGUUUCAGUGGGAAGAUAGAACCGUAUCUUGACUACACCGAUAGCACUGAUCUCAUCUCCGUAGGGAGACCCAUGUGA